AUGCUGUCUUUUAAUUCUUAUGAACAAACUACACAAACAUUUAAUAUUAUGAAUGGUCCAUCGAUAACUUUAAAUCAUGUCUCUGUUCAAGCAUCAGUACAUAUUGAUGAUAGUUUUCAUCAAGAAAUUCGACAGAUCCUGAAAAAAGAUUUACCGACCACUGUUCGAAUUACACUUCUGUUUACACCAAACACGAUUAUUGAGCAACAACUUCAAUCUUCAGUAAAUAAAGACAUUAAUGCAAAAAUUCUCAAAUCAUUGAUACCACUCAAAUCUAAUAAAAAUGAAAUUAUUCCUUCUGGUUACGUAUUCAUUGGUCUUGGAACACACCAAUCCACAGGUAUUGGAAUGCAUGUUUUCAGUCAUUUUAUACCAACGAUCGAACGUGAAAAUCUUGACUUAGAAAAUCCACAUAUCUCAAAAUGGAAUCAAGAACUUUUAUUAUCAACUGGACAAAUUGCUCGAUUUAUUUAUGAUCAAACAAUGAAUAGAAAUUCGUUUAUUAACAACAAACAAGAAGCAUAUCGUUUCAUUUCGUCAUAUUCAUUCGAACCAUCAGUACCAAAUAAUAAAAUUGGUGAUGCUAUUCUAUCAGGAUUUUUUCAUACGACUAAUGAACUUUUUGUAUCUGUGCAACAAUCACCAUCGAAUUCUGAAAUUCGUUCAAUUUCAUCUAAACAAGCUUAUCUCGCCCAUUCACCGGAUAUCUAUACAUUUCUUACACUCCCACUCGUUCCUUAUAAUCUGGUUGAAACGAAAUUCUUUAAACAUCUUGAACAAUUGAAAUUAAUUGCCGUUGUAAAUCAUACAAUCAUUGAAAAAACAAUUCCUGAUACGGUACUUUUAUUAGAAGAAUUCAUUAAUUUAGUUCGUUGGUUGUGUAAGAAUAAAACAUCUCUUCAACGUAUAUUUUCAUCAAUAACCUAUCGUGAAAAUAUAACAUCAUCGAAGAUCUCAUUAAAAAAUAUUCAGUAUUAUAUAAAUAAAAAUAUAAUUUCAUCAAUUCUUCCAUUACCAUCUAAUAUUUUACCAAUAAAUGUAUCUAUUCGAUUUUCAUCGAAUGAACUUGAAGGAAAUUUAUCAUUGUCGAAAUAUAAUUUUAGACAGUUAGUUGAUUUCUAUUUAUUGAAUAAACAACAUUAUCUUCUUCGCAAUGCUGAUACAUCUCUACAAGUACUUAAUCUUAUUUGUCAACAGUCAAAUCAAUUUUGUGACUCGGAAUGGAAUUCAGUUAAAUCAAUACUUUCUAAUAUUAAAUGUAUACCGACAACACAAGGUAUGAAAAUACCUAAUCAAUCAUACAUUCCAUCGACUAUUCCUUUAUUACCUGAAGUACCGAAGAUUACAAUUAAUCUUACUAAUGAUAAUCAAAAUUCAAAGAAAAUCAAUAAAACAUAUCAACAAUCGACUGAUGCAUCAAGUGAUUUCGUUUCAAAAGAGUUUCUCAAACAAAUUGGAUGUUGUACUUUUCAUUUACAAUCGUUUAUCGCUGCUCGACAUGCAUCAUCCGAUGAACGUAUCGAAAGAUUGAUUCAAGAAUUAAUCGAAGAACGAAGCAAUAUGACUGAUAUAGAGUUUGAGGCAUUGAAGCAAACCGAAUGGCUUCGAGGAACAACAAAUAUCUACUAUAUACCAAGACAACUUUGUUUUCCAUCAGUUGCGAUCGAACUCAAUUGGCCCACAUUACUUGUCAUUGAUUGGCCUGAUAUUAAAUCGACUUCACAACAAUAUCUUUUUCUCAAACAACUAGGCGUCCGUGAAGUACCUGAUCUAUCACUCCUAAUCGAUCGUAUUUCUCAAGAACACAAUGCAAAGUCAUCCAACGAAAAGAAAAAUCAACACAAAUAUCAAUUACCCAAAGCACUUUCUUAUUUCAUCAAAUAUUUUCAACAACAUUAUUCUUCAUUAUGGACCACAGCACAUAUCAAUCAAUUGUUUCUUCCAUCUCGCUCUCCUACAACGAUUACAAAUGAUGAUGAUGCUGAUAAUAACAAUAAUCACAGGAACAAUGAAGUCAUUUUAUCAAAAGCAGAUCAACUAUUUCAAGAUGAUAGUCCAUUAUGUAACACAUUGUUACCUCAAGUCAUGGAACUUUUCUCAAAAUAUUCUUUCGAUAUAUCAAGAUUCAACAUAAAAAAAUCUCCUUCAAUAGAUAUUGCUUUUCGAUUAUUUAUGGAGAGAAAGAAUGAAUUAUUGUUUACAAUCGAAUCAACAAGAAAGAUUUUUGCUUAUCUAAAUCAAAUUUAUGAAUGGAAUGAUAAAUGUUUCAACGAAUAUGUUAGUCGAAUUGAUUUUAUUCCUUUACAAGGAAGUAAAAUACUAAAGAAACCAUGUGAAGUAUUUAUUCGUUCGGAUAAUAUGAUAUCAGUUGAAAGUUCAAUAAACAAUGUGGAUACAAGUGGACUGAUCGAUUAUGUAGAUUUUGGUGAGGAAGGAAAUAGUUUUGUGAAAAAGGUUGGUGUUUGUUGUUGGCCGUCAGCAUCGGUACUUGCUCAACUUCUUCUCGAUCGACAAGCUAAUUAUUUUGCUAGUUCUCACGGUGAUAGUAACAGUAUAUCUGCUAAAUAUCAAGUCUAUAUUACUUUCUUGGAAGAAUUGGCUACUAAAGUAUCUAAAUUAACAACACCUAUAAAGAACCGAUUACAGAAUGAACCUUGGUGUGUUGGACAUAAAAACCAUGAUAGUGAAUGUGGAAUAUUUGAAAUUGUGAAGCCAAGAGAAGUUUUUUUAGACGAUCAUUAUCUAUGCGCCAAAAAAUUUGAACCUUUAUGUGCGCCAUACAAUAUUCAAAUUCAGAAUUUAUACGAACAAUUUGGAUCACCAUGGUUAUCUAUUUAUGUUAAAAUAACAUCUAUUCCGAUCGGAAGAACAAGUCAAUCAAAUCGUAGUGAAGAAUUACGGCGAUCAAUUUCUCAUCGCUUCCCAAUACUAUUUGUCGACAAUCAUUUGGAGCAAUUACCUGGUAUAGAUGAAAGUCAUCUUAAACUUCUGGAAACAACUUUAUCUGUUUAUGAAAAUGAUAAUAUACGAUGUGAUUUAACAUUUCAAGGAAAAACUAUUAUACUUCAACCAAGUGAAAGUAUGCUAUGUGCACUUAUCGUCAAUAACGACAGGGUAGCUUUAUAUUUGCAAGCGAAUGUACCGGAAACUGAAUAUUUAGAUGUCGCAACUUCACUUGCUCAAUUUGUGCUUCGAAAACCAUCUGACGAACAAAUUUCUAUAAUAAAAGAUAAGCUUUCCUUGUCAUUAGAGAUACUCAAACGACGCAAUGUACCUGUGAAUCAGUUGAUAGAACAGAAAGAGAAGCAACUAACAUAUGACACUAAUGAAAUCGAACCAACGCCCUCCGCACCGACUAUGGAUAUUGAUAAUGAAGCAGAAGAGAUAGAAGCAAAUGAGACGUCGAGUGAGAAUUCUUCGGAAGUUAAUACAAACAAAUAUAAUUCAAAGUCAAAUGAUAAAGAGCCGCAAUAUGAUCAAGAAACUGAAUCAGACUUUACUGGCAAUUCAGCUAAUCUUCAACCAGGAGAACGUCAUUAUCAUUACGAGGGUGUCGAUGAUUUUGGACCUCUACAUCGACUUGACGAUACUUUAUUACGGAACAUAAUUCAUAACUGUCGAAGAUAUACAGAAAAAACAUUUACUCAAGAAGAUAUGGAACCAUAUAUUGAGCAUACAUGUGAAACAAAUCCUUCUGUCUAUAGAACACGUUAUAAAGAAUUGUUCCAUUCAAUUCCUCUUUAUAUCGAACAAGGCAUAACUGUAACAAAAGAUAUGCUUAAGCAAGCUAAUCAGCUCGCAUGGGUUCUCAGUAAUCUUGCACAAUAUGUCUUCGAAUUACCCAUCAAUACUUUUCAUCUCUUUCGAGAUAUUAAUGGAUGCCAUAUCGCUUUCAACCAAAGCGGAUCUCUUUUCUUUAAUCUUCGUUAUUUUGAACAAGUUUAUGCUAACAAACUUGCUGCUUUUCAACAAAAUCCAACUUCAUCGAAUAAUAUCGUGCAGACUAUUGUGAAUUUUUACUACAUGACAGUGUGUCACGAGUUAGCACACAAUGUUGAACACUCACAUGGUCAAGCAUUCAUUGAACUUCUCGCAACUCUCGCUAUAAAAUAUAUGAGUAAAAGGGCUUCGUUCCUGUAA